AUGGGCCUUAGAUCAGUGAUUAAAGAAGAUCUAGGUUUAACACCUGCAGAAAUUGUAUUUGGAAGUACGAUUAGAUUACCUAAUGAGUUUUUUAUGCAGUCAUCAGUGGCGACAGACCCUUGUUCCUUUGCUGAAACACUAAAGAAAACAAUGGAAACCAUACGCCCAGUGUCAACUUCAAACCACGGAAGUAAAAAUGUUUUUAUAUAUAAAGAUCUAGCAUCCUGUUCACACGUUUUCGUUCGGGUCGACCGGGUCAAGAAGCCGCUAGAACAACCAUAUGAAGGGCCGUACAAAAUUGUUCAACGAUACGAAAAAACCUUUAAAUUAUUAAUUAGACAAAAAGAAUGUAUCAUAUCAAUAGACAGACUGAAGCCAUGUUUCAACGAAAAUGAAGAUAAUAACACAAAUCUAUCAAUAACAACGAACCAGCACAACCAGAGAAAUACAACUACAAGACCAACAAUAAUACAAACAAAACAAACCAA